AUGGCCUGCGAGAACGGCCGAGGUGCGGUUUUGCUGUCUGUGGCGCGUGGCAAGAUUUCCGAGGGCAUUGACUUCGACCAUCACUUGGGCCGAUGCAUAAUAAUGUUUGGUGUUCCUUAUGUCUAUACCCAGAGUCGUAUCUUUAAGGCAAGACUGGACUAUCUACGUGAACAAUAUCACAUUCGGCCUAAUGAAUUCAUAACUUUCGAUGCAAUGCGGCAUGCAGCCCAAUGCUUAGGCAGAGCUAUUCGUGGAAAGUCUGACUAUGGCGUUCUUGUUAUGGCCGAUAAGGUGAUUUUGCUACCGUUUAAUCAGCAAUGUUAG